AGUUUUUGUUUUGAUAAAAGAAGGAGCAGGAUGAGGCGAAAGCCAGCAAUGUUGAGUGUUUGAGCUCAUUUUCAGGCUGCAGUUCUUCGCUUCAACGUAACCCAGGGUCGAGGAUGUCACCCACUAGUGUUUUCUUCCUCCUGAUUUUAGGUUCCAUGGUGGACACCAAAACCUCAUCUGAAAAAGAGUCCCUGCUCUAUCCCUAUGGACCGCACCAGGGGGAUAAAACUAACCCCAAACACGAUGAUGGGACAUCUGAGGAGAUCACUCUCUCUGCUCCCUUUACCUUCUACGGCAAAUCCUACCAAACCGCCUUCGUGAACAACAAUGGGGUGAUCUCCUUCGAUGAGCCUGUCAGACAAUACACCCCAGACCCCUUCCCUCUGGCGGAUGGGCACCCUUUCGUAGCUCCCUACUGGGGGGACGUGGACAAUGUGCUGGGUGGGGACAUCUUCUACCGCCAGACCACUGACCCGGCGCUGCUGGCAGACAUCAGCCAGGAUAUCACCCAGUACUUCCCCAAAAGCCCCUUCACUGCCACCUGGGCCUUGGUGGCCACCUGGGACCAUGUGGCCUACUAUGGCUCCACCUCACAAAAGGGCAACACCUUCCAGGCUGUGCUGACAAGUGACUCCAAGAUGUUCUACAUCAUCCUCAACUACUGGGACAUCCAGUGGACCACAGGGGCAGCAAGUGACGGGGAUGCUGAAACAGGACUCGGGGGGACCCCAGCACAUGCGGGAUUCAACAGCGGUGAUGACACCAAUUUCUACAACAUUCCCGGAUCCCAAACCGAUGCCAUCAUCAACAUUACCACCACCUCCAAUGUCAAGGUCCCAGGACGCUGGGUCUUUCGAGUGGACAACUUCCAGGUGACAGGUGUGGACCCCGCCAAGCUGAACAAUGACUGCUGGUUGUGAAUUGAGGGGAGCGGGGCAGAGGGACAUCAGUACUGCCACCGUUGUCACCGAGGAAGUUACUGCGAAGGUCAAGGUUAUGUCAACUUCUACCAGAGUAAUAAAAUUGCAGCCAAGACA